AUGGAAAGAAAAAGAACCAAUUCGACCACGAAGGGGAGGAGGAACCCGGAUGAUGAAGACGAACGAAGGGAAGGUGCUAAGAGGGAGCAUGGCCCCAUCGGAGGUGCUUACGAUGAUGCGGACUUCGACGGGGGAGGAGGAGUCAGUGCCUACGUCAGUUGCGACUCGGUGGAUGGCUCCAUUGGAGACCCCGCUGUGAAUGCGAACGAGGCGUUGGAAGAAGUUCUAAACGACGUGUUGAAGGAUGUGCUGAGUGACAACUCGGAGGCUGCCGUGGGAGGGGGUCCGCAGGGUGCUUCAGGUGUGUAUGGGGACUGCCACCAGGAGUGCCACGAAGAGUGCCACCAGGAGUGCCACCAGGAGUGCCGCGAAGAGUGCCGCGAAGAGUGCCGCGAAGAGUGCCACCAGGAGUGCCACCAGGAGUGCCACCAGGAGUGCCACGAAGAGUCCCGCGAAGAGCCCCGCCAAGAGCCCCGCCAAGAGCCCCGCCGUCACUGCCACCAGGGGAGCGCCUACAUGAGUAACCGCGCGAAGCCAACGAACGAAUGCAGUCACAGUCAAGACCCGUGUGAGUAUAGAAAGCAAUUUUCUCACAGGAACGUCAGAAGAACAAGCAAAAGGAUGGGUUGCACAAAAAAUACAUACCAAUGUGAUAAUAAUUCCAAAAGUGAAUUAAAAAAAACGUCAUUAUGUAAAUAUUGGAUAAAAGGAGUAUGUGCAAAUGUGGAGUGUAACUUCGCUCAUGGAGAGCAGGAACUCAAAUACACUCAUGGAGUAUACAAAACAACAAUAUGUAAGCAUUGGAAAAGAGAUGGGACCUGCUCUAGUGGCAUUAACUGUAGACAUGCACAUGGAGAGAGUGAAUUGCAACCAAAGAAUUUACCUCUACAUCUGUUGAAAAAAAAAACGCAUUUUAAAAAUUGUCGCUAUUUGAGCAAAGGUAUGAAUAUACAGAGAGAACAGUGCAGUCAGGUGACACAUGGGAGUUUUUCUAAGGAUGGGGUGGUUAGGGAGAGUACAGGGGGUGUGCAGGGAGUGUCUCUACUAAGUGGUACUCGAAUGGGUUCGAGGUUUAGGGCGCAUAGUACCCAUCGGAGAGGUGGAGCAACCCCCCCGGAUUACUUAAUAAGUGGAGAGUACAUAGAGAGACAGAGGAGUCACCAUCAGAAUGGAAGAUCCAACAUAGGAAGAACCCCUUGCAGUAGAGAGAACAACGGGAAGUACAUUACACAUUGCAGCUCAUCAUCUAUUAUGAUUCCAAAUCGGGGGAGAAACGAAAACAACGAACGUACUUCCAGUAUGUGGUCAUACAAAAGGAUGAGUAAUUAUCAACUGUUGAUAAAGAAAGAGGGGAACCUUUAUCGGGAGAGGACUAUACCUGAAUCUUUUGUCUCAAAUGAAAAACAUAACGUGAAUUGUAUGACGAAGCAGUUUUGUAGCUUGCAUGGGGGGGAUAGGAAGAGCAUUGCGUGUGGUAGAUGCAAUUAUGGGUUCAGCGUGGUGAAGAACGGGUCCGGCGCGGUGAAGAACGGGUCCGACGCGGUGAAGAACGGGUUCAGCAUGAUGAGGAACGGGUUCAGGGUGGAACAACCAGUAGAUUGCCAAAAUGGAGACGACCCAUAUGACAAUUUUAACGAAAUGAGACACAACAUUACGAAGAAAAAUCUACGAAUGAACAAGGACCUAGAUGCACAUGAAAGAGAUUUUUACGAUGAGGAUCUCUUUUUGGAAUACCUUCCGAGGGUUGGAUUUGGAGAAGAUGUUGAAAAUAGCUUAUUAAGAAUUAACACCCUUCAGAGGAGCAGUGUGCAUGUUAGUGGUGGUGCAGCUGGGGGGACCCUGUGCGAUGGUCGUGUGCUGCUGGGGGAUACGGGCGUCGAGGCGCCGGGAGUGUUUACGCCCAAAAGGGAGAACUUCGGCGGGGGAAGUGGGAGCGGCAACGGAAGAGGCUAUGGCUACGGCUACGGCAGCGGCAACGGCCACCUGUGCAGUGACUGCAUGAGGCGUGCCGACGGAGAGACCCCCGUUUUGAAGAGCACUGCGGUAGAGGGACCAGCCUGUGGAGGCGGCCCGCCGGAGUGCCAACCCCCCCACGAGAGCAUGAACUGUAUGAACUGUAUCGCUAUGUACAUGAACGAGCAGAAGAGAGUCGGAAACUCCUUUAGUUACGAGGGGGUGGAGGCCAAGGUGGGUGGUGGGGAUGGCAGUUUUUCCGACAGGUUCACGCGACUAAACUCGUAUGUGCAUCCCCGUGAGCACCUGAACAGGAGCAGCUGCAACUGCAGCCGGGUGAGCACCAAAAAAAACCUCGCCAGCAGAGAGGAUGCGGUCUGCAAUAACAUGGUCUGCGGCGAUGACGUGGUCUGCGGCGAUGACGUGGUCUGCGGCGAUAACAUGGCCUGCGGCGAUAACAUGCUCUGCGGCGAUGACGUGGAUGAGUACAUAAUGAAGGAGUACCAGUUUAGGCUGAAGAGCAUGCGAGUGAAGAAGGGAGACCAUGCAGCUGUGAAAGGAGAGUUGGGGUGUUACAGUGACAUAUAUGGUGUCCAGGACGGAUGCGAUGGAAGGGAGAACUCUAUUGAGAUGAAGCGCAUGACCAACUCGACUGAGAAGAGAGCUGCUCGAGGCACCACGAGAAGACCCAGCAAUGGGACCAACACGAGGGGAAGACCCAGCAACGGAACCAACACGAGGGGAAACAUAAAAAGGAAUAUAAUCAUAUCGAGUGGAGACGACCUGGUCCUGAUAGAUACAGGAAAUAUUAUGUACAAUUACAGCCAAAUAAAUAGCACGAAUGUGCUUCGUAAAAAUGGGUUGAAUCACAGUUUUUGUAGGUUCCGAAAUUUCAAGCUGAUGUCGAAUGUGCACAGGUUGGAGGCGCGCUGUCAGAGUGGAAACCACCACCUCGUACAGGGACGGAGCGUGACACCAAGAGAGGCGCAACACGUGGCACAACGCGUAGCACAACGCGUGAGGCGUCCAAAUGAGGAAGGAGCUUCUUCCAGCGUCUUGUACGAACGAGGAGACCUUAAACAGGUGCAUCGUGGGGGAUACUUAAAUUGGAGGCAACUACCGAUGGCAGAUGGGCAGCAGAGGGACGACCCGCAGGGUAACCCCGUGGGAGUGCUUAACUUAGGAAGGGGAGAAAUGCAGAGUCCCGGGGGAGAGGCUGGCCGUGACGAGGCCCACUGUGACAAGGCUGACCGUGACGAGGCUGACCGUGACGAGGCUGACCGUGACGAGGCUGACCGUGAAAAGGCUCCCCGUGACGAGGCUCCCCGUGACGAGGCUCGCCGCUCCGAAAUUAUGAACAAUUUGAGAUGCAGCGCGAAGGACGAACUGCUAAGCGUUCCUGAUGGAAGCUACUACUUCCCCACGUGUGCAGAAAGGACGUUGGGUGAAGCUGUCUCUCCAAGGGGAGAAGGAAAGGGAGAAGAAGGGGGCCAAGUGGAUGGUCUGACUCCUGUUAUGACCAACCGAAUGGUGUAUGCAGAUAUGGGUGAAGGGGAUAUAAAACUUGAGCUGAACUCGUUGGGGAAGUGGGUAAAUGAGGGAGGAGGGGUCCAGCAUUCGUAUGCAUCUAAUGAGGUGAUCCCACGGGUAGUUCUGCUGGGAGAAGUGAGUGCAGGGCGGGAAGAAGGGGUACCCCUUGUGCAGGUGCGCACAGGGGGAAGUAAUGCCGACCGUAGUGGGAUCAGGAUCAGAAGCGCGGAAAGAAGAAGUGGUAGAAGUGGUCGAAGUGGUAGAAGUGGUCGAAGUGGUAGAAGUGGUAGAAGCGAUCGAAGCGAUCGAAGCGAUCGAAGCGAUCGAAGUGAUCGAAGUGGAGAGGGACAAGUCACCCCCUCGCGAAACAUCGAUCCACAGAUGAACAAACCGCGAAAAGGGAAGCACGACGUGGAAAAAGAAAAUCAACUCGGGGUUUUCCCAAUCGAUGAAAUUUUCAACCAACCCAAGUUCCUCUCCGUCAGUGGCCAUAUGGAUUAUAGUGUUACCGGGCAAGUGGAGGAUUUUUUCGUGAGAGAGUUUUCUUCUCCCUUGUCUACAUCCCCCAGCAAUAGACUGAGCCCUCCUCACCUGUACCUGGGGAGUAGCACAAGUGUGAGCGGAAGCCACGUGAACGAUUUGUCUCCGUAUGAGAGUAGGAUGAACAGUACGGAGGUGGUUCCCUUUGGGAGAGUGGCUCAGCUAGACCUGGCCGCGUCACCCCAGCUAGACCUGGUCGCUUCACCCCAGCUAGACCUGGCCGCGUCACCCCAGCUAGACCUGGCCGCUUCACCUCAGAUAGACCCCCUAGAACCAACUCCCAAGUACAAUAAUCCGAGUUACGAUCACUUCUUUAAGUCUCAAAAUGGAUACUGCGCGGUGCACUCCUGUAGAGAUGCUCAUAAAAAGGGAGCUUGGAUGAGAACACCCACGUUGCUUGAGGCAGAGAGGAAGAAGAAAGAUGCACGGAAGGAGGAUAAACUGGUGAGCGAUCCGAAAAGGAAAACUCAUUUGCAGGCCCCCCCCUUGGUGAUUACUCCCCAUAGACUGACCAUCGAUCAGUACAACGCGUUGCGCGAUAAAAAAUUUAUUAAAGGGAACACCGGUAGGGGUACCGCCAUGGCGCGCAGCUCUGAGCAGUUAGAUAAGCAGCAGGAAGGGGAAGAAGCAGUCGAAGCAGGGGAAGAAGCAGUCGAAGCAGGUGAAGAAGCUGACGAAGCGGACGAAGUAGCAGGCGAAAAGGCUGCGAAACGCAAAGGAGAGGAAGACCUGAACUGUUACGACGAAGGAGGCAUAGACUACAGUGACGAAAAUGAAAAGCGAAUCGACACGUACUUGGAAUGCAUUUUAAAUUGCGGCGCGGAUGAGGACGUUUGCAAGUAA